GACUUCCUGAGAAUAACAUCGCUCAUUGAAGGCUAACUUGAAGCUAAACUACCUGCAAGAAAAAGUAAUCUCAAUUGUCAAGAUGGAAGGGACAGUUUUUACUCCUGCUUUAGAAGGAAUGAAACAUGUCAAAUCUGAAGAAGGAGAAAUGCUUUCCAAGCCUUUCCUAGACGUCUGCAAGCAGAUAUUACCUGUUAUAGACAAAUUCGGAGCAGCCAUGGCACUUGUCAAAACUGAUGUUGGUGGUAAUAUAACAAGGCUGGAGAACAAAUAUCUGUCCAACCCAGCAGAAUUUCAGAACCUAUACAAUAUGGUUCGUGUGGAGGUUGAAGCCAAGAAAGCAGAGGGUUCAUCCAGUUGCACCAACGGUCUUCUGUGGCUAACUAGGGCAAUGGAUUUCAUAGUAGAAUUAUUCCGUAACUUAAUGGAGCAUGCUGAUUGGACCAUGUCACAAGUUUGUACUGAAGCCUACACCAAGACACUGAAGAAAUACCAUGGCUGGUUAGCCAGUUCAACUUUCACGGUUGCAAUGAAGCUUGCUCCAGAUAGGAAGAAGUUCAUGGAUGUUGUGGGUGAGAAGGGUGACAUCAAUUCUGAUAUAGAAAAAUUCUGUGCAACUUUCACACCUCUUCUCCAGGAGAACCAUAAGUUCUUGGCUAGCGUUGGUGUGGAUCAUAUGAAAGCAUAGUAGUGACCAAUAGUUUAUCAGUGCACUUGUUAAACCUCAUGGAGGAUGUUAUAUGAACAAGAAACAAUGCUCUUAUAUUUGCCACCCCCCGGGCGGGGGGUGGGUGACGCUUUCUUUUCGAUAAUCUGUUAAACUCAUAAUCAACAUCUAUAUAUUAUUUUUGGUUGGUAUUUUGAUACA